UUUUUUUUGAUAUUUUCGAACUUCAUUGAAGCGAGUCGAAUGGAGCUCGAACCUUAACGAGAUCGAACCAACGAACGACUCGUUAACAGCUCUUCGAACUGAAAAUGGUCGGCGAAUAAUAAAAUGGGAGAACGAUCGUGUGUUCUGGCUUAGAAUACACAACAAUGGCCGCAGCAGUCCCGAAGCCCCUAUCUCCGACGGAUUGGGAGACGCUGAUCGACGAUUACAACCUCGGCGGCGGCGCUGCUCUUCAUCGCUGGUCUGGCGGCGGCUCCUUAAUCGACCUGUGCAUCUCCUCCCUGGUCCGCAAAGAUUUCACCCUCCAACUCAAACUCAAUCUCCUAACUUUCCUGGAACAUCACUCGCUUGAGCAAUCUUGCAGCUGGUGGUCAUCCUCUUCUCUCUCCUCCCUCAUCGACGCCCUCCGCUUGGUCAUUCAGUCCCCAAAUGACCCGUUCCCUCUCAAGGACCAGUUCCUCGUGUCGACCACCUCCCUCGUCAUCGCCUUCCUAUUGGAUAAUGACGAAAUCGCAGGCUCUCACUCUUUGAUUCAUGUGGUUGAGCUAUUGUUGACUGUUAUCAACCGUCCCAAUCACGGCCUGGAUCGCCACACGCGAGGCGUCGCGUGCGAGUGCUUGCGUCAGCUGGAGCUCGCUUUCCCUUGUCUGCUCUCCGAAAUUACUCCUCACCUGUGGUCUUUGUGUCAAAGCGAGCGUACCCACGUUUCCCAGUGGUAUGUUCUCUUAUUGUCCACAGCCAUUCACAAUUUGGUCCAGCUCAAGCCUAUUUCAAGCAAUAACAGUAAUGGCGACUUCUCUAUUACCAAUGCUACAAUUCCUCUGCUUCCUUUCAAUACCCCUUUGCAAUCUUUGGUUCUUGGGGAUUUUGUGUGGAAGGAGAGAGAGGUUCACUACAAAGAGCUGAGGAGAGUGGUCUCCUUUUUGUUCGAGUGCCCCCAGUACUUAACUCCCUUUGGAUUGGUGGAGUUUAUGGUUGCUAUACUUCCUGUAGCUCAAGAGCUUGAGCUUCAGUCUUCCUUGCUGAGGGUACAAUUCUCGUGGCUUCCCCACACUUUCCACCCGUUGCUUUGCCAUGUCUUUUUGGGAAUGCAUCUCAAGUUUUUGGAUUCUUUCCGUGGACAAGAAUUUGAGGUUGCUUCUCGAGUAUUGUUACUGUCCAAAGAACCCCAACACCAUUUGGCUUUUAGGUUAUUGGGACUUCACUGGAUGUUGGGUUUCUUCAGUUUGAUAGUGGGUGUGGACGCGGCGAGAAAGAGAAGCAUCCUUGAUAUGAGUUCAAGCUUUUAUCCUAUGAUUUUUGAUCCUCUAGCUAUUAAAGCCUUGAAGCUUGACCUGCUCGCAUACUGCUCUAGUUUAAUCUCUAGAAAUUCUGGAGCUGCCAAUGGUGUAAUGUUGAAUAAUAACGAGGUGUAUGAAGUAAAGCUAUUUGAAGAUGGCCUUGUUUCUGUAUCGGCUUUCAAAUGGCUGCCUCCAUGGAGCACCGAAACUGCAGUGGCAUUUCGUUCCUUCCAUAAGUUUCUGAUUGGUGGUUCACCACACAAUGAUGCUACUUCUUCUCCGGUUGCUUCUCUCAUCGAGUCUAACAUCUUUUACACGUUACAGAAUAUGCUGGUAGACUCAACAUUGGCGUACAGGGGAUUAGUUCCAGUAAUUAUUGCAUGCAUUGAUCGGUUGUUGGGGUGUGAUAAACACCACUGGUUAGGUGAUCAUCUUCUUAAUACCCUUGAUAAGCAUCUGCUUCCAAACCUCAAAAAAGACUACAGCCUAGGUCAUUACUUCCCCUUGUUUGAGAGGAUUUCUGAAAGUGAUAAAGUUUCCCCCAUUCGGCUGAUAAACCUCCUCAUGAGAUUCAUAAUCUUUCUUGUGGAUGAACAUGGCCCUGAUACAGGGUUAAAAUCAUGGCAUUAUGGCAGUAAAACUCUUGGUAUUUGCCGAACAAUGUUGAUUCACCACCAUAGCUCUAGUUUAUUUACUGUGCUAUCUCAUCUUCUUGCAUCUGCUAGUCUGUAUUUUCCUGAUCUGGAGGUCCGAGACAAUGCAAGAUUUUACCUGCGAAUGCUUAUUUGUUUACCAGGGCAGAAGCUCAAAGACAUACUGAACAUGGGGGAAAGUCUGCUUGGAAUAUCCCCAUCUACUCAUUCUGGUGCAUUCUUUAGUUUUCAGUCUCCUCAAGCUUUAUCUGGGCUUAAAAGGACAAGCAGUAUCGCUUCUUAUAUCCAUGUCGAACGUGUGAUGCCUUUAUUGGUAAACCAGUCAUGGUCCCUGUCUCUGCCAAAUUUUAACAUCAAUCCUCACAGACCUGGUUUCUUUGAGGGCAUCAGGGACAGUGAACCAGCUGAUGAGGAAAGGGACUCUGAAGUUAGUACGAGUGGCGGUAUUAUUUCAGCAAGUGAUCAACAGAAAGAGCCUCUACGUGUUAUGGAUGCAAAAGUUUCAGAAAUUGUCAAGGAACUAAGAAGACAUUUUGCAUGUAUUCCUGAUCAUAGACAUAUGCCAGGGAUUAAGAUCAAGAUUUGGUGUAGUCUGAGGUUCGAUUCAGAGGCUGCAAUGGACGUUAGUAAUGUGCUGGACAAACUUCCUGGGCUAUACGCUACAGUCCUCAAAUUCACAUCCUCCGCUCCAUAUGGGCUUAUUAAGCCAUAUCAUAUUCCUUUCCUUCUUGGCUCGCCUUCUAAAAACGUUAAACCCAUGAGCCAAAGUGACUCAUCAUCGUUAGCUAUUGUUCCUGUGAAAAAUGGUCAUGUGGAAGAGGAGAAUUUCAAAGCUCCUCUAUGUAUAGAAUUAGAGCCACGAGAGCCGGUGCCUGGUCUGGUUGACAUUUUCAUUGAAACUAAUGCAGACAAUGGUCAGGUAAUUAAAGGGCAGCUCCAGAAUAUCUGUGUGGGGAUUGAAGAUAUGUUUUUGAGAGUUAUUCCCCCAGAUGAUAUAGCAGAGGGUGAUCUGCCGAGUUAUUAUGUGCACCUAUUCAAUGCAUUAUGGGAGGCCUGCGAGACAUCAUCUACCACAGGUAGAGAAACCUUUGUUUUGAAAGGAGGAAAAGGAGUUGCUGCAAUAAGCGGGACUCGGUCGGUCAAACUUGUCGAAAUUCCUUUGACAUCCUUGGUUCGAGCCGUUGAGCGCCACCUGGCGCCUUUUGUUGUUUGUGUUAUCGGUCAACCACUUGUGGAUAUGGUGAAAGAUGGGGGUGUGAUCAAGGAUGCCGUCUGGAAGGAUUUCAGUUCGAAUUCAUUAACAUGUUCACCGACUACUUCCUCAGCGCCACUUUAUCUCAAGUACUUUGACUACGGAGGGGAUCAAAUCCCAACUAGUCAGAAAAAUAUUGGCUACUUUCAAAUUUUGAUAUUUCUUCCACCAAGAUUUCAUCUUCUUUUCCAAAUGGAGCUUUGUUUUCGGGCUGCUGAUGCUCGUUUUCAUUACGAGCAAAGUGCAAAGUGUCAAUCUCAUAAUGAGAUUAGUGGAAGACAUGCGCUGCUGGUUAAUGGCAGGAUUCUGAUCAGAGAUAUGAAGAAAAAAUGGGUCCUCCGACAGAGUUCCUUGCUCUUUGCUCCCACUGCUUGUCUUCUCAUGGCGGUGACCGGACUGACUCCCUCCUUCCGUAUCAACGCUUCGUCCGAAGCUUACUCGAAGAGCAACAGACUAAGACGCCCACAAAAUGUUGACGGGAACUUCUUCGUUGAUAAUACAUGCAUAGACUGUGACACGUGCCGUUGGAUGGCUCCGGAAAUAUUCAAUCGACGGGAUGGUAUGUCCGCAGUAUUUAAACAGCCUACAUCUGAUAAAGAGCAAACUCAAGCUCUUCAGGCACUUCUUUCAUGUCCAACCAACUCAAUUCAUACAGAACGUCCCCCUCGUGAUAUAUCAGAAGUUCACAACACGUUUCCAAUUGCAAUUGAUGAGCAGAAAGUUCAGGGAGUAUACCACUGUGGUUACCAUUCUGAAAAAUCAUAUGGAGCAACAUCUUAUUUUAUUACACGACCUGAAGGGAAUGUACUAAUAGACAGUCCUAGAUACACAAAGAGAUUAGUCAACAAUAUAAAGAAAAUGGGUGGAGCUUCCUUCAUGUUUCUCACCCACAGGGAUGAUGUUGCAGAUCAUGAUAAGUGGUCAAAAGAGCUGGGUUGUGCUAGGAUUCUUCAUGUAAAUGAGAAAAUUAUUGAAAAUUACGGUAGAAAAGAUAUGGCUUGGAAGCAUGCAGUGUCUCACUCUACAGUUGAUGUGGAGAUCAAGCUAGAGGGAAGUGGGCCAUGGCCCAUUGGCAGUGAUAUCACACUUAUACACACCCCAGGCCAUACAGAAGGAUCAGUCUGCAUGUUUGACAAAACGAGGAAGGUUCUCUUUACAGGGGACCAUCUGAUGAUGGACGAAUUUGGAUUGAGUAUAUUAGAAAACUAUAACUGGUAUUCAGUUUCCGUGCAGUUGAACAGUGUUCUAAAGUUGCUUGAGUUGGAUUUUGAAUGGAUACUGCCAGGCCAUGGAAGGCGAGCUUCUUUUAGGGAUUCUACUGAAAAGAAUGAGGCUUUGAGAGCUCUCUUGGCUGCCAAAGGGCUUCAUGCUUAGACACAUUUCACAUUUUUUUCUCAUCUUUCUUAUGUUCUUUCAAAGUUCUCCCAAUAAGAGGGUCAUGCUGUGACUUGAUGUGCAUAAAAUAAAAUGUGUAAUAGCUACACUACCGGUAAUAUGAUCUCAAUGCUUAUACCCUCAACUUGUUACUCCUCCCUAUAGGAGUUAAACAAAACAAGCUACUCGUGAUUCGUUAGAGCUAGAGCUCAUUUAAAGCUUGAUUCAUUAACAAGACAUCAAACGAGUCAGGCUCCUAAAUGAAUUAAUGAGUCAAGUUCAACUUGACUCUAUAAUUUUAUAUAAUCUUUUGUAGUUUGGUUUAGCAAUGUUCAAAU